AUGACCCUUAAGGGUGGCACCAGCCAAGCCUGUGCUGCGUGCAAGUACCAGAGGAGGAAGUGCACCCCGGACUGCCCACUUGCUCCAUAUUUCCCUCCUGAUCAACCUAAGACAUUCCAAAACGCACAUAGGCUUUUUGGGGUGAAGAACAUCUCGAAAAUACUAAAGCAUCUUGACCCGACUCAGAAAAUGGAGGCCAUGAGAUCCAUCAUUUUCCAAUCCGAUGUUCGUGAUAAGUAUCCUGUUUAUGGAUGCUGGGGAAUGAUCUGUCAACUUCAAUACCAAAUUUUACAAUCUCAGGAGGAACUUCAAGCUGUUCAUGCACAACUUGCAUUUUAUCGACAGCAGCAACAGCAGGAGAUGUCAUCAGCACCAAAUGAUUCAAUGUCACAGUUACAAUUAGGCAUGGCGCCGCCCACUAAUGCACUUACCCUUUUCCACCAGGACGCUCCCGAGAAUUACAAUGCUGUCACCGCAUUGCCAAUUGCAUCACAUCACUCCUAUUCCAACGGCGGAAAUGCCGGUUACAACUCUGACUACAUUGAAUCUAAGGAUAAUAAUGUUGUCCACUCCCUUUGGACCCAACAAGCAUAUGGCAAUAGCAAUAGCAACAACAAUAACAAUAAUAAUCCAAUGUCAAUGCAAUCUCAGUUGAUCACUCCACAACCCAUAACUAUCCAGCAAGAAUCGACUCAAGAUUAUGAUGAGAUCCAACCAUUCUUUGAUACUAUUGAUGAUAGACAGUCAUACAUUGAUUCCAAGGAGGCUUAUGAGUCAAGCUCGGAAUCAUCAUUGAAGGAUUUGACACAGCCCAUCAAGCAUGUCGCUGAGAAUGAAUUAAAGAGUGCCGCAGCAUGCUUCAGUCUUACUAGUGUGAACUGA